GCAAAUACCAGGUUGGUGUCUGGCGCGGGAUAAUUCACCGCUUCAAUUAUAGAAUAUAAAAUCUGUUGAUAAAUUAUACAAAAUAAUAUGAGGAGUCGGAGGUUUUCAAAUCGCUAUUCCCACAGUCAUGGGCGAGCCAAACUUUUCUCCUGCCCGGAGCGAGUUUUUGAUGAUGAUGCCCCUUAUACUUCACUUCAAAAAUAAUUCGGAGGAUAAACAAAUUAUAGUUGUUGUUAUAUAUGAAAGCAAAUAAAUUGAGGGUCAAGUGAAAUGUUUGUAUUACUAUUAUUUAAAUCAUCAAACUCGCCCCGACAACGGGCUUCCCCUGCCCCCUCCCAAGCACUGCCUCUAUUUUGUCCAGAACUUUUGUACUAUGGAGCUCUGCCAACUUGAGAUAUGUUGAGAAUAGGUUUAGUUGACACCAGUUUCAUGACAAUGAUAACUCUUCCUUGUUUUGUUAUAUUCUGAUUAGCUACAAUUCUACUUUCAUUGGGCAUAGAAAAAACUAGUCUCGUUAAUUUGAUUAGGACUAUAAUUUAUGAAUUCUUAGUUUCCGAGCAUUCACGAACUUUUUCUUUCUUACUAAUUACCAUAAUAUUUCAUCUUUUUUCUUUUUAGUGCAGAUGUGAUGAACCAUGCUUAAUAUAGUUAUUAUUGUUACGUUUAUUCUGGCUGCGGUGUUAUCUAUAGGUCUUGGCGCCUUGCAUCGUUAUGUUUCACCACAAACUCCGAACACUAAUCCCCAAUUUUUAGAGUUUCAAAGUUUGUACUUCCUGGCAUUCUUUCCGGCUUUAUUUGCUGACUGGUUAAAUGCACCUUACCUCUAUAAACUGUACUCACACUAUGGAUUUUUGGAAGAACAAAUUGCCAUCAUUUAUGUCUGUGGGUUGGGAUCAGCCCUUGUUUUUGGUACAACUGCAGCGUAUUUGGUUGAGCGAUACGGUUUUAAAAAAAUAAGUCUCGGUGCUGCCGUCACAUAUUCACUUUCAUGUUUCUUGAAGUUAUCUUCAGAUUACAGCACUCUGGUAAUAAGUCGUAUAUUAUCUGGUGCGUCUACAACACUGUUAUUUUCUGCACAUGAAGGAUGGUAUGCCAAAUCUCAUAUCAAUGUUCAUGACUUCCCAAAGGAAUGGAUUGAAAUCACUUCUAUGAAAUCAGCCUUUGCUAGUUCUCUUAUGGCUGCCAUUGCAGGGGUUUUUGCAUAUUUUAUGACCGAGUGGUAUGGUUUCGGCCCCGUUGCUCCAUCUUUACUCGCUGUACCAUUUCUUGGUAUAAGUGCGUUUAUUACGUUUUCAAAAUGGAAGACGCCGGAUCGGUCAUCACAAUCAACUGAGGGUCUCAUAGAGCCUUCAUUACCUGUUAAACCAUCGGGAAAGAAUACAAAAUUCGUAAAAGCUUGUUGUGAAGGAUUACAGAAUAUUGUGCGAAAUCCAGAUCUGUUGGUGCUUGGUUGUGUUCAGUCUUUAUUCGAAAGCGUUCUCUGUUUGUUUGUAUUCUUAUGGACACCAGUACUUGAUCAUCACCAUCCACCACUUGGAAUCGUAUUUGCAACAUUUAUGUGUGCGACUCUUUGUGGAGGAGUAGCUCACAAAAUUAUGGUGACUGCAGUGAAAUUGUCUUCAGCUGUCACUCUCACUGGUGCAAUGUCAGUUGCUUGUAUUGCCACUCUUGGAUGUGUACUAUCAACUAGUCCAACAAAUGAAUUCCCAAUAAUAUCCUACAUAUGCUUUUUAUUAUUUGAAUUGUCAGUUGGUGUAUAUUUUCCAUCAAUGUCAGAAUUGAAAAGACUGGUGAAACCUGAAUUACAAAAUUUCGCUGUGACUGCUUGGUUCCGAGUUCCUUUGAAUUUGUUUGCUUGUUUUGGUCUCAUUAUGUUACACCAUAGCACCAAUGCCAGUGGAACAAGAAAAUUAUUCUUGGCUUGUUUUUUCAUGGUUGCAAUAGCAGCAGUAUUUUCUUUGCGAUUGUUAAGGACGUCUAAAUCAAAGAAUAUGAAGGAUUCUGUAGAUUUAGUAAUGGAAGCAACAUGAAUAUAAUAUAAAUACGUACCUGCGCUACAGACGGUUCGAAGGCAAUGCUUGUUGAGGCAAGGGAAUGCAGAAAAUUGAAUCUAUGUCGAUUGUUACUGAAGAAAAAAGUCUAUAAUGUGGAUUAUUUUAUAUAUAAGUUAUACACUAUGUCCAUUCUGAUGCAAUAAAUUCUUAUUACUUUUAUUCAAAUUACAACAUGGAGCAUUGGCUAAAUUGCAA